AUGAGUUACGCUGCACCUCCUAUGGCUACACCUUCUCAAAUAGGCUACUCUGCACCUUCUGCGUCUACACCAUCACCGAUGGGCUAUCCCUUACCACCGGUAUCUAUGCCCGCAUCAACGAGCAUUCCUCCACCGUUGGCCCCUACGGCACCUGCUGCAAUGGGCUAUCCUGCAUCUGCGGCACCUACACCUGCACCAGUGAACUAUCCUGCACUUCCAGCGAUGCCACUUUCUGCGUCAACAACUCCCCCCUAUUUAAUGAGUUCCGCUCUUCCUGUAACUACUUCCCGCCCGUAUCCGAUCAAUCUCUCUUUAACCUAUUAA